CAUAGGGGGACUUAAAGUAAUGUGUUACCAAAAAGGCAUAUGACAAUAAAUGCUGACUUGGUGUUUAUUAUCUUUUAUUAAUUCCUUAUUAACAUUUAUAACUGCAGACUUGACGGCUUAUUAGAAAGGUAGAAACUUGUGAUGCUUUAUUAAUGAAUUAUUAAUGAUUUGACUGUUAAUGACUCAACAGCCAGAGAGAUUUUUCACAACCUGACAACCAAAUCCCAAUGGUUUAUAAUGGAUCUAUAAAGCAUUGGUACCAUUAAUAAAGCCAAUUGUUCCAAUUUCUACACUUUAUAAAGUGUGACUUUAUAAACAAGUGACAGUAGCAGAAUUUGCAUUCUGUGAUAUAAAAAUUGGUAUUUUUUCCAAUUCAAAUCAAAUCUUUAAGGUGCGUAAUAAGUGACAAAUGAGAAACACUACAUGGGCACUAUGACCCAGCAGAUAGGCUACUCUUCAUCGAGAGAGAGAAAAAACAAGGCUGUUAUCAGUGGUGCAUGUUUGAUGUCAGAGUCUGUAUAAAACUGAGACUUAGGGUUGGCUCUCCAUUCGACCACAGGGGGCCUGAGGAGACACAGCUCUGGAGAACUUCUGCCCUACAUGCAGAUUAUCUGUGACAUCUUCCCAGAUGUUGGGACAUCAGGACGCACUGCUCAUCAUUUACACAUAAACCUUUUCUCUCUUAUAUGUUGAGUACAACUGUUAAGAAGUUUUCUUUUAUGGCUACCAAACUGAAAAGUUUGAACAGCGGGGAUUGGAUAUUUGCUUCCACAAUUUGGCAUCUGCACAUUAAAACCUGAUGUAACAGAAGAAAAUGAGGAAGGAAGGAAGGAAGGAAAGAAGGAAGGAAUCCAUUUUUACAUCUUAGACUGAUUAUGCCAUUUAUCUGACCGUAUGGCACGGAUAAGGCGCCGUCUAUCAAGAGAAAGGGCACCUUAAAUGUCAGACAUCUCAGAAGGUGACAUAAAAUAUGAGAAAAGGUGACUAAAAGUUAUGGAGCGCUCCGGUCAAGUCGAGCCAACUCCGCCGGUGAACACCACUAACGGCAGUUUUAUAACAGAUUCAACCACCGUGGAAGUCAGCGCAGAGAGUCUCGCCUAUCAAGUCAGUCUGGCGGUGAUUCUUUCCGUUAUCACACUUGCCACCACUUUAUCCAACGCGUUCGUCAUCGCAACAAUCUCCCAGUCGAAGAAACUGCAAACUCCUGCGAACUUUCUGAUCGCCUCUCUGGCCAUCACCGACCUGCUGGUGUCCAUUCUGGUGAUGCCCAUCUGCGUCCUGUACACGGUCAUCCACACCUGGACGCUGGGGCAAAUUGUGUGCGACAUCUGGCUCUCCUCGGACAUAACGUGUUGCACGGCAUCCAUCCUUCACCUGUGCGUAAUCGCUUUGGAUAGGUACUGGGCCAUCACGGACGCGGUGGAGUACUCCAAAAAGCGCACGCCGGGGCGCGCGGCCGGGAUGGUGGCCACAGCCUGGGUAAUCGCCAUCUCCAUCUCCCUGCCGCCUCUCUUCUGGAGGCAGGUGAAGGCGGAGGAGCUGACCAGCUGCAGCGUCAACACGGAUCAUAUUUUCUACACCAUCUACUCCACCUUUGGGGCUUUCUACAUCCCCACCUUGUUGCUUAUAGUCCUCUACGGACGGAUAUACGUCGAGGCUCGGAAACGGAUCCUGAAGCAGUCCCCCAAAAAGGUGGGGAAGAGACUCACCUCGGCGCACCUGGUCACCAACUCCCCUGGUUCAGUGGCGUCCACAACCUCUCUGCAGUGCGGGAGACACGACACUCCGUCUAGCGACACCGCGUCUUCAACAAGCGAGAACCAGGUGAAAGUGACGGUGUCGGACGCACUUUUGGAGAAAAAGCGUAUUUCAGCAGCCAGAGAGAGAAAAGCGACAAAGACUUUGGGGAUAAUCCUCGGCGCUUAUAUUGUUUGCUGGCUGCCGUUUUUCAUUUACACAUUGGUGGUGGCCACAUGUGACACAUGUUUGAACCCCGAGUUAUUUGACUUUUUCACCUGGUUGGGAUAUCUGAACUCCCUCAUCAACCCGAUCAUAUACACCAUGUCCAAUGAGGACUUCAAGAAAGCUUUCCAUAAACUUGUGCGCUUCAGAUGCUGCAGGCAGUGAACAAAUGCUCCUUCAAUCUCCAAUGAGAUUUAUUUAUGUAUUUAUUUUUGGAUAUCAAGUUCUAAAAAUGUAUGAGAAUAUAAAAUGGGAAGAAUGUUCUAAACAACACAAUUUCUGGGAGUUAUAGACAUUAUAAGUUGUGUAUGCAAAAGAAAAAACAUCCCUCUUUUAGUCAUUUGGUGCGGAAUGGAAAUUUAAAAUGCCAGUUUUUAUUAAACAAAUAAAUAAAAUCUGGAGUGGAAUUGUUCCACAUAAUUUCCAUCAAUUUAAAGCUCAGACCACUGCUAGGCAAAAUUCUUAAAAAAGCUUGUUUUAAUAGAAAAAGAAAACACGAUUUAAUAUUGAAUAUAAAGCUUAAUUACUUGUGAAGAUGGUGGAGAAAAUCAACUUUACACACCACACAAAAACACUUAAACAUGUCAUAUAAUCUCUUCAUGAUGGGCCAAUGUUUUGUUCUAGGAGAAAUUAAGUGAGGGGUUGUUAGUAUUUUGUCUGGAUUCCUCUUUGCAAUGCACAGCAUGUUAAUUAAUGUCAGUAAGCAGCAGAGAUCAUGAACAUCUGACAUGAUAAGUCAAAAAUAUGAACAUCUGGCUACCCAGGAUCCUUUUUGCAUCGUGUGUACAAAUAUAGUAGUUUUGUUUUUAAAACUCAGAGAUCAACAAUAUGUCUUUGUAUUCUGAGGAAUGAUAACAGUGGUAUUAUGGCCAUGGACUGCUUACCCUGUAUGGUUAUCUUUUUUUUAUAUACAAAGGCACACUUAAAAAUAAUAAGAUUCAUAACAGUGUCAAACAAAGAAACUGUAGCUGAUAUCUACCCAGCAGAGCUGAAAGCUGAUCAUGAGUUCAAUUUUGCAGAACAAACACCACCUUGUUUUACUUUGUGUGUGUGUGUGUAUGU